CUGCAAAAAUCUUCCAUUAUUCACUGUCUAAAGUUUAAACUCCAAUUUCUCUCUCAGAUCUGAAGCUCUAUGGAAACUCGUCUCGCAGACUCGGCUUCCGAACUCAGCCUCACCACCACCACCACCGCCACCGCUACAGAGUCGGAGAAAGCGUGGCACUUCCUCGCGAUCCUCCUAUCUCUAGGCCGUCCGGCUCGCCCAGCUGAGCUCGCUUCCCGAUGCGCCUUGUUCCGCGCCACCUCCGACCUCGUCGAGUCGCUCUGCUCCAUCCCUAACUCGCCGCUCUUCUUCACCGCCGAUCUUCACGUCACACUCUCCCCGCUCGCCCUAACUUCUCUCGCUCAGUUCGCCGCAACUUCCAAUUUGAUUCACCUCUUCUCGCCUUCGCGGAUCCGCAUCGGAGUUCCCGAAGCCUAUUGGCUGUGGAAUCAGAUCGAUUUUGUCACAACGUGGUCUCGGAAGCGCAAACUGAUUUCGUUUUCUGAUUGUGAACUUUCGCCAGUGCCAAAAAGAAGAGCGAUUUUGAAUUACACAGUUGCAGAAGAAGAGAAAAAAACGUCGUCGUGUUCGCGGAAAUCAAUUCAGUAUGUUUGUCCAAAGGUGCAGCUUCAAAUGGCUGACGAUAUUUGUAGGAGCAUAAACAUGCAGCCAAGUAACAUGUCAGUAAUGGUGAAUAAGUUGAUGCUCACACCCUCCAUGCUUGCCAAAUCCAGUGCUGGUCGACUAACUUGUAAACUGAAGAACCUGGAAUAUGUAGAGGGUGACAUUAAUUCAAGCAUAUUCCUACAGAGGACGGUGACUAAAUCAAUAACAGCAUGUGAGCCUGAUCCAGGAGUCGCUCUUCCAGAUACCAUUUUGGACCAUCCAUUUCUGUGUGAAGAUGCUAAAAUAAAUGAUUUUGAUCUCGGAAGUAUAGCAAAUCUUGAUGCCAGAUGUUGCCCACUAGAGGCUAGGAAUGUUAAUGAUGCUUCUAAAGCUACAAAAGUUAUAGUGUUUGAAAAUGAAAGCAUUAUGGAAGGCCAGGAGGAAGAAGAAUUUGUGGAUUCUGUAAGUCUUAAAGGGGAAACAGAAAAUCCUUUUUGCCCGUUUAAUGCUGUUCUUUUGGACCUUUCGCCUGAAAAUGAUUUUAGAAGGAUGAAGAAUGUGAAUUCUAAUGAUAUGAUGUCUUCUUUAAACAAAGAGCAAAAACCUACACAUUUGGAAACCCGGGCUGUCUCUCCAGGAGCUGAUCUCUCUGUAGCUCAGAAGCAGUUGUCAAAACCCUCCACCAAAACAAAGGCAAGUCACAAGGAUGGGAUGGCUCCAAGACUGCAUGCUCUCUCAAAGUCUUUAGAGCAUAGUAAAGCUGUUGAUUCUCCCAAAAAGAAGCAGCAGCAUAGAAGGGAUCAAACGUCAGUCAGCAUGGCGCAAAAAUUAAAGCGUAAUUAUGAUGACAUGCGUAUUAAGGAAAGAAGGGGAAGCUCUACUUCUGUUUAUCCCAAGGAUCAACAGGAGCCAAAAGCACUUCCAGACUUUGAAUCUUAUAUAGUAGUAGAAGAAGAAGGUUCAGGUGGUUAUGGCACUGUUUACAGGGCAAAGAGAAGAAGUGAUGGAGUCACUGUUGCAAUUAAAUGCCCACACACUAAUGCUCAUAGGCGCCAUGUUACCAAUGAACAGAAGAUGUUGGAACGGUUUGGGGGUAAAAACUUUAUUAUUAAAUAUGAAGGCUGUUUCACGAAUGGAAAUUCUGAUUGCUUUGUUCUAGAGCAUGUUGAGCAUGAUAGGCCUGAGGUACUAAAGAAAGAAAUUGACGUGCUUCAGCUCCGAUGGUAUGGCUAUUGCAUGUUCAGAGCACUUUUGAGUCUCCAUAAGCAGGGAAUAGUUCAUAGAGACGUUAAACCUGGCAAUUUCCUUUUCUCUCGUAAGGCCCAUAAAGGUUAUCUCAUCGAUUUUAACCUUGCCAUGGAUUUGCAUCAAAAGUAUGGAAACACUUGCAAAUCAAGGAUGGGAUACGAUUUAAGCGUCAAUCGUGUUAUGGUUCAGAAUGCCAAAUCUACACCUCCAACCAAAGGUGGGAAAUUCCCAGCUGCUAAAACUUUGCAAGCAGUCAAUCAGGAGACAACAAAAGUCUCCAAGUCAACUUUAGAUCCUAAAAACCUGAAAAAAAAGGGGCAUGCAAUCAAAAGUCAAGGUGCAGAUGGCUCAGGCAUAACCUCUGUGAAGGAUGUGACAAGCACCAGGACUCCUUCAGCAGAAAGGCGGAGGGAACCUAUGCCAUGCCAAGGUAGGAAGGAGCUCAUCAGCCUGUUACAGGAAACAAUGCAGAGUCCAAAUCAUGAAGCAUCAAGUGUUCCAGCCCCCAUGAGAAAGAGAGUUGCUGCCACUCCUGGAAAAGUGGAUAGCAAGCUUGGCUAUAUUACUCCCAUGCCCCUGCAUUCAUCUGUCAUUGGUGUUGCUGGUGCUGGCUUAAUAAAGAAAAGAGGGGAUGGAAAGCACAAGAGGGAAGGUCCUUGUGUUGGAACCAAAGGCUUUCGGGCUCCUGAGGUCCUGUUCAAAUCUCCACAUCAAGGCCCGAAGGUUGACAUCUGGUCUGCUGGGGUCACCUUACUAUACCUGAUGAUUGGAAGAAUGCCUUUUUUCGGAGAUCCUGAACAGAACAUAAAGGAAAUAUCAAAGUUCAGGGGCAGUGAAGAUUUAUGGGAAGUUGCCAAGCUACAUGAUCGUGAAUCCUCAUUCCCAGUGGAACUCUAUGAUACACAAUUGUUGCCAUCUACAAAGCUGAGGGAUUGGUGUGAAACAAACACAAAGAGACCAGAAUUUCUCGAGGUAAUCCCAAGAUCGCUCUUUGAUCUUGUGGACAAGUGUUUAACAGUAAACCCUAGAUUGAGGAUCAAUGCAGAGGAAGCUCUCAAGCAUGAGUUCUUUGCUCCAUGCCAUGAAGCUCUGAGAAAGGAGAGGCUUUGCAGGCAGGGUUUCAGCCUGGACUCUAGAACUAACCAUUCUUGACAUGGACAAAUCAGAGUAUCAAACCUGUGAAGAAUUCUGGAGAGCAAGCUUGAUCAGCUUUGUGGAGGCUCUUUGUGUUCUAAACCUGCUUGUAUGUUAGUUCUCAGUGCACCAAUGAGCUCUAGCAAAUCGCACAUCCUCUCCUUGUAAGAGCAAGGUGGAUGACAAGGUCUUGGGUUCAAGAUCCAGCUGAUGUAUGUGUAACUUACUGAUAAAAAAAUGUAGGUUAGCUUUCAGUCUUUAGGCUUAUCAUAGCAAUUUCUGUUGUAAUUUUGUACAAUAUCAGCUGUAUGUUCCAUUUCAAUUCUUUUUAUACCUUGUAUAGUUUCUUCUUAUAGUGUUAUAAUUUUUUCAAUGAUAUGAUUAUGAUUUAAAAUGGUAUAUGAAGAGUUGCAAAGAUAUGUUUGAUCCAAA